CACACACAGACACACACACACAGUGACCGAGCUGGUCCAUGUAGAGCACAGAGCUCAUGGCCGUCACACGCAGACGCACACAGUGAAGAAACCCUCCAAGUGAGUCAACAACAAGGUCUCCUUACCGGGCCAUGGGAAUCUAACCAGCGGCAUACAGGCUACUGUGUACCAGUGAGGGAACAGUUUGUCCAGAGGGUCAUUUAGAGUCAGUAUGAAGACUGUGGAACCUCUCGCAGUGAUAAAGAUCCUUGUUCUGCUGGUUCUGGUCACCUCAAGCUACAGUCUACAGAGAGCCCCUCGUAUCAUCACCUUACUAGAGACAGUGGAUGUGCUGCUGGAUCACAAUGCCACCUUCAUCUGUGAGGUGCAGUCACGUCCUCCUGCUGACAUCAUGUGGACCAAGAACAACCAGCCGAUCAUGUACGACCCCCGCUACAUAACCAAGGAGCAGGGACAGAUGCUGAUCGUCCCUCAUGUGAGAGAAUCAGAUAACGGAGAAUACUGCUGCCUUGCCAAUAACGGCAUUGGAGAGUCGGCCAAGAGCUGUGGAGCGCUGCAGCUUAAGAUGAAACCUCAGAUCAAACGCCAUCCCACCAACCUGACGCUUCUGCUGGAAUCCAAAGCGGUGUUGCCCUGCGUGACGCUCGGAAAUCCCAAACCAGAUGUCACCUGGAUCAAAGAUGACGAGCUUAUUAAGAUCACUGACCGCGUGACCAUCCUCGACUACGGUGCGUUGAAGAUUCACAACAUACAGAAGGAGGAUGCAGGGCAGUAUCGCUGUGUGGCCAGGAACAGCUUCGGUUUGGCCUUUUCAAAGCCGGUCACUAUCGAGGUUCAGGCUCCGGCACGAAUCCUGCGGGUUCCAAAAGAGAAGAGAGUAGCGUAUGGCAGCCAGAUUAGCCUGGACUGUAACGCCACGGGGAAUCCGAUACCCACCAUCACCUGGCUGGAAAACGGGAACACUGUUUCAGGUGCAUCCGUGGAGGAGACGUUGGUGGGAGAGGUGAUUCUGUCCGUCCUGAAAGUGACGGUGAACAAGCCGGCUCUGUUCACCUGCCUGGCCUCCAACAGGCACAACGCCGGAGCCAACACCGUCAAAGCAACCGCAAGGGUCACCGUCGAAGAGUGGAGACUCUAUAAAGGUGUAACCGGCUACUGCAGCGCCUACCGCGGAGAUGUUUGCCGCAACAUCCUGCGAGACGAUUCGCUGGUUUUCUUCAACUCGUCCCUCUCGGACCCCGAGGACAUGCAGGAGUACCUGGUUCAGAGCUGGUCGGCGGAGCUGGAAGGCCUCAGUGCGACGUGCGGCCCCGCCCUGCGCUCGCUGCUCUGCCACGCCUCCUUCCCCGACUGCAACCCAUCAGGGUUGGGCCCGGCACCGAAACCCGUCUGCAGAGAGCACUGCCUGGCGGUGAAGGAGCUGUACUGCCAUAAGGAUUGGUUGGUGCUGGAGAGCAGCAUUUUGUUCCAGCCGGGCCACUUCAGCUCCGUCAUCGGGCCCCACACUCCCAGUUCACUGCUGCCCAAGUGUCAGGCCUUACCCAGUCUUCACUCAGACCCGGAGGCUUGCACACAUGUCCCCUUUCUGGACCUCAAGAGAGAUCACAUCACAACAACAUGUUACAAUGACAGAGGCCGUUUCUACCAAGGCAGCGUGAACGUGACGAGGUCUGGGAUCCCGUGUCAGCCAUGGAGCCAGCAGGUUCCCCACCAGCACCGCUUGUCUGUGGACGUCAUCCCAGAGCUGAGGAGCGCAGACAACCACUGCAGGAACCCGGGAGGAAUCAGCGACAAGCCCUGGUGUUACACCUCGAAUCCCAACAUACGCUGGGAGUACUGUGCCGUGCUGCAUUGUGGGGAGGCAGACACAGCGCCAGUGACGAAGCCGGAGUCGCAGGGCCCCCGUCAGCCGGCUCAUGUCCCCCCCACGACCCCGGUAUCGUCUCCAGCCUACUCCAUGUCCGUCAUCGUCAUCAUCCUCACUGGAGGGGCAGCUGCAAUCUUCCUCUUCAUCAGCAUCCUGGCCUGCCGCAGACGGAGGAAGCAAUGGAGGAACCGAAAGAGAGCGAUGGAGACCCCGACGCUGAGCGCUCUGCCGUCGGAGCUCCUGCUGGACCGACUCCACCCGAACCCCAUGUACCAGAGGGUUCCUCUGCUGAUCAACUCAAAGCUGCUGGCCCUCGAGUACCCACGAAACAACAUCCAAUAUGUCAGAGAUAUCGGGGAAGGAGCCUUUGGACGGGUUUUCCAAGCCAGAGCCCCGGCCCUGCUGCCCAUGGAGACGUUCACCAUGGUGGCUGUGAAGAUGCUGAAGGAGGAGGCGUCGGCCGACAUGCAGAACGACUUCCAGAGGGAGGCGGCGCUCAUGGCCCAGUUUGACCAUCCCAACAUCGUGCGACUCCUCGGCGUGUGUGCGGUGGGCAAACCAAUGUGUCUGAUGUUCGAGUACAUGGCCCACGGCGACCUCAACGAGUUCCUGCGCCGCCGCUCCCCGACCCAAUCGGUGCACACCCUGAGCUGCGCCAGCCUCUCGGGCCGCAGCUUCUCCACGGAGUCGGACGCGGGGCCGCUGGCCGGCGGCGAGCUGCUGUCCAUUUCCAAGCAGAUCGCCGCGGGCAUGGCCUACCUGUCGGAGCGCAAGUUUGUGCACCGCGACCUCGCCACCCGCAACUGCCUGGUGCGUGAGGAGAUGGUGGUGAAGAUCGCAGACUUCGGCCUCUCCAGGAACAUCUACUCGGCCGAUUACUACAAAGCCAACGAGAAUGACGCCAUCCCCAUUCGCUGGAUGCCCCCAGAGUCCAUCUUCUACAACCGCUACACCACCGAGUCGGACGUGUGGGCCUACGGCGUGGUGUUGUGGGAGAUUUUCUCCCACGGCAUGCAGCCGUACUACGGAAUGGGUCACGAGGAGGUCAUUUACUACGUGAGGGACGGCCACAUCCUGUCCUGUCCCGAGAACUGUCCCCUGGAGCUGUACAACCUGAUGAGGCUCUGCUGGAGCUCUCAGUCGUCGGACAGGCCCAGUUUCUGUAGCAUACAUCGGAUACUGGAGCGAAUGCAUCAGAACACAAUGAGCGUGAAUGCUGAGACCGAGGCCGACUGCUAACCUGGGAGAUUUUUACAAAAACACGUCUGUACCUGAGCAGGAAAACUUUAUAUAGUGAUUUAGUGCCUGAAACCCGACUGUACACUGAAAUACUGUGACUGUGCAGUUUUUAUCUUCAGGAGACGCAACCAAUCAGGAGACUUGUAAUUAACCAUCAUAUCACCAUAUUAUACCAUCGUCAUUUAGUAAUUCUUUAAUCCAGAUCCUUCUAUUAGACAAAUAUUGAAUGCAUGUAUGAACAGACUCUGACCCUGAGCACAUUGCCUUAAUGUGUAAAGACCUGAAACCACUAACGAGGCAGAUAUACCCCUAACCGUUAAUCUUUACUUCAUCCGUUGCAUGUUCAGUUUUUUUGGGGAUAUUUAUUGAUUUUCAUUUUCCGUCUCUCUUCCUGAUCAAGGUGAGACAAACGGCCCGACCACUGAACGAGUCUAGUUGGACUUGUUUAAGUCGCCUCGAGCAAAUUCCACAGCGGCACACAAUCACUUUAAAACACUGAUGCUGGUUGUUUAGUAGAAAAAGUUGCUAUUCCAGUUUUGGGGAUUCUUGAGAUAUAUUUUUCAUCAUGUUGUUGUUGAUCAUGUCUUUUUUUCUUGAUUUCAGAAAAAUCUAUAUACGACCCUGACGGAAACAGACAUUUAAUUAUUUUAUAACUUCUCGGUUCCUUUCUUUAUAAUAAACUCUUCAGUAACUAAAAAGAUUCUGCUGAACUUUUUUAAUUGGUUCUCACAGAGACAGAAAUUCUUUGAUAUCAAACUUUAUUCGUCAGAUUAUUUCAUUGUCAUAUUCUGACACAAUUUGGUUCAGCAGUUUUUGAUUUGUUUUUUUUAAAUGUAUUUAAUUAAUAUAAAAAUGUCGAUGUUGCCUUUCAGAUGAAUAACACGUUUUAUCUUUGUUUUUAAAUGUGGUGUGAUUUUAUGUUUUUGUUAUUUGUUAUGUUACAUAAAUGAUAAAAUCUUCCCUACA